AUGAACAUGGUUGGCUUGAGCAAAUGUUUUCUGUCUCCUCGAUUCUCCGAUCGGAGUCCGAUGAUCGGAUUAUCUGGCCGGUUCUUUCACCAGCUUCGUAGGCCUGGGAAUUUCGUAGUGCCUCGUGCGUUGUUCGUUUCGUCGUGUUCGCGCAAUCUAUCGACGAAUGCUUCGAAACAGAAUGGGUUUCUACGUUGGUAUUUGAGAAAUCUGGAUUCACGCCCUUUCAUGACCAAGAGCAUCACUACUUCCCUCAUUUACAUGGCCGCCGAUCUGACCUCUCAGAUGAUCACGAUGGAGCCAUCUGGUUCUCUUGACCUGAUAAGAACAGCCAGAAUGGCUAGCUUUGGGUUGAUUUUCCUCGGGCCGUCACAGCAUUUGUGGUUCAGUUAUCUUUCUAAAAUAUUGCCAAAGCGUGACGUCUUGACAACCUUUAAGAAAAUAAUGAUGGGGCAGGUUCUUUUCGGACCUUGUAGCAACACAGUCUUCUUUUCCUAUAAUGCUGCUUUACAAGGUGAAAAUUCUGAAGAAAUUUUGGCGAGAUUGAAGCGAGAUCUUGUGCCAACAUUGAAAAAUGGACUUAUGUAUUGGCCUGUCUGUGAUUUUGUUACAUUCAAGUAUGUUCCAGUUCAUCUACAGCCACUGAUGAAUAGCUCGUGCGCAUAUAUAUGGACGAUAUAUUUGACUUAUAUGGCAAACCAGACGAAAGCUGACAGCUGA